AUGCGGCUCCUUGCGUUGCUCCUUGAAGUGUGGCUGCUUCAAGUGCAACGCCUUCAUGGCGAGAGGGCCGAGACGACAGACGGGCCCGGUCCGCCCGGUAGUCUGGUAAUCUGCAGGGAUUUGCGAGAGCCGCGGCGGAUCUUGCGGGAGGGCAGGGACGAGACGGCGAACGCCAACGACAUCCGGGAGUUCUUGUGGCCCAUGCCACGCACAGUCACCCUACAACAGCAGGGACGCCACGUGGAAGAUUCGGAGCUCAGCGGCCUCCAGCCACUUCGUGUCGACCCGUGCGCGAUGGCAUUCAACUUGACAGGAGUUCCUGAAGACAGAGCGGCUGUGCUGUGGUCCUUGGAGCACUUUUGCUGGCGGCUGUGCACAGCUGCUGAAGAAACAGAUUCGAGCGAAGCCGACUCCUGCAGGCUGAACGGCUCCGACGGCUCCGACGGAAGCUCGGGCUUGGCGGGCUUGGAUGUGCAGAUGGAGAAGUACCAGCUCCUCUUUGCUGGCGUUUCCAAGCUUUCCGCUGCGUCCAUCCACGGCUUUCGACGCGGCCUCGAGACCUUGUUGCAGGUGGUGGAUGCACUCUCUGGCAGCGAGGGUCGCUCUUGGACUUGGGCCCCGGGCUUCACUACGAAUGGUGCCAUCCCAGUCGAUCUCUGGAUCGAAGACGUCCCAAAAUUUCCUUGGAGGGGCCUGCUGUUGGACACCGCUCGCCACUUCGCUCCAACAGAGGCUACAGAUCGAAAUGAGCUUUGGUAUUUCAGGUGUAGUCCGGCAGCGAGUAAGCUCAACGUGCUCCACUGGCAUGUGACAGAUGCCAUGAGCUUCCCCCUGCAGCUCGAGUCCUUGCCACAGCUUGCGCAGCUGGGUUCCUUUGGAGCGAGCAAGACCUACUCACAUGUGGAUGUGAGGCACAUUGUUGCCCUGGCUGCGAACUUGUCCAUUCGAGUCGUCCCGGAGCUGGAUAUGCCCGCUCACACUGCCAGCUGGAUCUUCGGCGAGCCGGAGACCGUUUCGAACUGCACGCACGUCCUGCCGCACGACCCAAACGAUGCCAAGAAUCGUUUCAAAGCCAGGGACAAGCUGGCAUUGGACAUCUCAUCAAAGCGGACCAAGAAGGUUGUGUCUUCAAUUCUGAAAGAAAUGGCUGGCCUGUUCCCGGACGAGUUCUUUCAUGUGGGAGGAGACGAGGUGGAUUUUCGAUGUUGGACAACCAUGCCGCACAUCGCGGCCUGGAUGCGGAAGAAAGGAUUGGGGGCCUCCCAGGCUCUGCAACACUUCUUCGAGCACGUCUUCCAAGAGGUAAAGCGCUUGGGCAAACGUCCAAUCGUCUGGCAAGAUGCCUUUGACCAGGGUCUCAGGCUGCCCAAGGAGGCAGUGGUGCAGCCCUGGAAGUGCUGGGGCAGCGUGGGGAAAAACCUUCCCGGGUGGCCGCCUUUGGAGCCGGAAGCGCAGAUCGGCCACGCCGCGGCCUUCGCCGCCACGUCCCAGGGCUUCGCGACGCUCCAAAGCAGCUGCUGGUACCUCGACUGGAACUCCCAGUGGACAGACUUCUACAACCACACGGCCGACGAAGGGCCCCUCUCGUCCAGGCCCAGUGACCGGCUGCUUGGAGGCGAGACGGCGCUCUGGAGUGAGCUGAUUGACUUCACCAACUUGAACUGCCGCGCAUGGCCUCGCGCCGCUGUGGUGGCCGACGCUUGCGCUUCCAAGUCGCUUCUCAAAGGGCAUCUGCUGCCUGGCAUUCUGUGA